AUGUAAAAACCAAAAAUGAUAGAAAAAGAAAAAGAUUUUUGUUGCUUUAAAGGACAUUAGCUGCCUGUUGUUACAAUUAUACUUGAUCCAAAAUUAUCAAUGAAUUAGAGACUAUUGUGCAUAUAAUGUUUCGAUGAUACAGUAAUAAAUAGUCAAGCUGUUGGUUUAAAAAAAAUUGUUUCAUUAAUAGAAGAAAAUUAGAUAAAGAAGAUGGAAACAGUUGAAAAUAUCACAAAGGACUAAAUAAAGUUAAUUGAAUAAUUAAAUAGUAUUGUUGAUCAAAUGAAAUCAUAUGUAAUGUAAUAAUUAAACUAAUUAAAUACUAUAAUGAUGGAAUGGAUAAAGAAUCUAUAAUGCCAACUAUCAUAAUAUUCUCAAUAUAGUUUUUUUGAAGAAUUAGAAAUUAUGUUUUUCAAAACAAAUAAAUCUAAUUCCAACUCAUAUAUUCAUGACAUAUUGAAAACGAAUCUCUGUUGGACUACAAAAUUGAAUCGUUUAUUAGAAUAAUUUAAUUAAUUUACUCACUAUAAUAAAUGCAAGGAACUGUUGUCUAGUUUAGACCUAAUUACUUAAUAAUAUAAUCAAAGUGAUUAAAAAUAAUCAAUCAACUUAUAGCAAAAAACUUAAGAUAUACAAUCACUAAAUACUAAAAUAAAUAAUCUACAAUAAUAAACUAUUUAAUUUAGUCAUCAAUCUAUCAAUCAACCAUUCACUUAUUAACUUAUCAAAGAAUAUUCAAUAUCAUAAGAAAAUUGGUGUGGUGCAAUAGCGAUUAAUAAAGAUUGUUCAACAUUAGUGGCUGGAUCUAAUUCAUAAAUUAAUGUAUUUGAAUUUAAAUAAGGAAUGUUGAAAUUAAUUUAAUCUUUAAGUGCACAUAAUGAUUACGUGUAUACUUUAAACUUCAUGAAGUAAUCGAAUUAGUUUAUAUCUGGGAGUUAUGAUCAAUCUAUAAUAAUAUGGUAAAAAGAUUAAAACAAUUAUUGGAUUUUCAAAUAGAAAUUAAAUGGACAUAAUGGAUAUAUCUGGUGUUUAGUAUUAAAUAAUAAUGAAGAUCUAAUU